UUUCAGAAACAACACAAGUCUUUUGCAUCCUAAACCAUCAGAACUCAAUAUCCAUUUCUCAUCCAAUCCGUUAACAAAAAAUAACAAUGGGUUUCGGCAUAACAAGUAUUAUCAGAAGGGCAUCAUUUUCCAGAACCCAAGGAUCUACCAAGGGAAUUGAAGUUCCUAAAGGCUAUCUCGCCGUUUAUGUUGGAGACAAAAUGAGGAAGUUUACGAUUCCGGUAUCAUACUUGAACCAACCAUUAUUUCAAGAAUUAUUAAAUGUAGCAGAAGAAGAAUUUGGAUACGAUCAUCCCAUGGGUGGUCUCACAAUUCCUCAGUAUCUAUUUCUCAUCCAUUCCUUUAACAUAAAACAAACAAUGGUUUUCCGCAGUAUUAUCAGAAGAACAUCAUUUUCCAGAACCCAAGGAUCUACCAAGGGAUUUGAAGUCCCUAAGGGCUAUCUCGCAGUCUAUGUUGGAGAUAAAAUGAAGCGGUUUGUGAUUCCGGUAUCAUACUUGAACCAAUCAUUGUUUCAAGAAUUGUUAAAUGAAGCUGAAGAAGAAUUUGGAUAUGAUCAUCCAAUGGGAGGUCUCACAAUUCCAUGCAGUGAGGAUGAAUUCUUAAACCUCACGUCUCGCUUGAACUGAGCUGUAAAUCAUGCUAGUGGAGAUUUAGAUAGAUUAGUUUAGGCUAAUUUUAACAGAAGCCAUUUUUUCAUUUCAUUCAUGUAUCAAUCAUUCCUGCGGAAACAUAAAAUGUUGCCUCAAUGAGAAUGUUGUGACAAAAUAUAUAUAGCAGAAUCAUUAAUCCGUUAUAUUAUACAAUUGUUCUUAUCUCUACUGUAAUGGAAAGGCUGCAAUAAAUGACUUGAGUUUCAA